GCAGCGGGACAAAGGGGCCGUCUUGGGGGGGCAGCAAAACCGGAUCGGAACCGGGAUCCGCCUUGCUUUGGAGUGCUGGAAGCGGAGUGAGGCAACUGCACCGGGAGGAAGGGUUGGGCGGACAGCAAAACCGGUUUCCAGCGUUGGAAGGGGAGGGGGAAAAAUAAUAAUCAAAGGAGGAGUUUAGACUCCGGUUCUGAUUCGGUGCCAACUGUCUCUCCCCUUUGCAAGAGGAAGGCAAAAUCUCGAUCCGGUUUGCACGUGGUUUCGGACAAGGAAAGGAAGGAACGGAGGGCAGCAAGGAGGGGAAACCCCUGUCUGUGAUCCUUGGCCGGUUCGGAGACUCUUAAAUUCGGUUCGGGACAGGCAAGAAGUGGACGCACUUUCUCUCCAGUUUUCCCAUCGGGGGGAGGAACUGAGCAAGGAGAGCGAGAAAAGGAAGCGGAUCCGAUUCUGGUGCCGGUUCGGUUCCUCGGUAGGAAGUGCGGAAGGUCCGGUUGCUGCUAGCACGUGGCGCCGGUUCGAGAAGAGAAAAGCUCCCUAUAGCCCGGGAACAAAACCGAAAAGCGGAGCCCCUCCUUUUUUUCUCCCCCCCCCCCCCUUCUUUCUUUUCUUCCCCUUCUUUUUGUGCUCCGGUGCCGAUCGGGUUCGGAUGGCGGCUCCUUGCAGCCCGGAGAGCGGCCCGGCGGCCACAGGGGGGACGGGCCCCCGGGUGUAUUUCCAAAGCCCCCCGGCGGGAGAAGGGGGCACGGAGGAAGAGGAGGGCCCGGUGCGGCGCCAGGGCAGAGUGACUGUGAAAUAUGAUCGCAAAGAGCUCCGUAAGCGGCUCCACUUGGAGGAAUGGAUCCUGGAACAGCUGACGGUGCUCUAUGACUGCCAGGAAGAGGAGAUCCCAGAAUUAGAAAUCGAUGUUGACGAAUUGCUGGACAUGGAAAGCGAUGAGGCCCGCAGCGCCAGGGUGAAGGAGCUCCUGGUGGACUGUUACAAGCCCACAGAGGCAUUUGUAGCAGACUUGCUAGACAAGAUCCGUGGCAUGCAGAAAUUAAGCACUCCGCAGAAGAAGUGAAUUGUGAACAGGGGUCUUCCACCACUGUACCCUCCCCCUCCCUCCAGGUGGAGGUUAUUAAAACUCUGCUGUUUGAGGGAGGGGGUCAGUUUCACAAUGGACCGGGAGGCUGGUGGAGAAUCAGUUAUUGCUUCCCCUCCCCAUGAAAGAUUGGGGAGACCCUCUUUUUUGGGGAAUGCUUCGAUAAUCAAAACCAUCUUGGACACCUUUUUCAGCAAUAUCUACCUGUUCCUCCCUGACGGUUUCCCCUCUGCUUGUGUGUUUGGGGGGGGGGGAGAUAC